AUGCCAGCGAAGACGAAGACGACUAAAUCCUCACCACCCGCCAAACUCCAUACAGCGUCUGCGACCGCCACAUCCUCCGCCGUCCCUGCAAAGCGCGCCGGCACGCCGCCAACCAGCACGACGACGACAACGACGGACGCACUGGUGAAAGCAAACGACAAGCUGAAUCCCCCGUCCUUUACAUAUCCGCCCGAGCUGUCCGUCCCCGCCCGCAAAGCUGGUCAGAACUACGCAUCGUAUCUUUUCAGCUGCGGCAAAGCGUACCUCACCUUCUACAAAACGGGCAUCUCGCACACGCGACAGACGCUGAAACUCGCAAAGGCGCUGCGCGCGAAGCUUGCAGAGCAGGGGAAAGGCAUCAGCAAAGACGUCGCAGGCAACGGCAUCCUGAGCAGGAGCGAGUGGCAGGUGCUGCGAAGGAGCAGGAGGGACCUCCUCCGGCUGCCGGUCAUGGGGUUCUUGAUCCUCGCGCUGGGCGAAUGGCUACCACUCAUUGUCGUCUACCUGACCCCUGUGAUCCCAGAGGCGUGCCGUAUCCCCACGCAAGUCGAGCGGACGCUGCGCAAACUCGAAGACCGCCGCAAAGACCGCCUGACGCGCAUUGCCAUGGACGCGCAGCGCCUGCAGGCCCGCAACCGCACGCCCGCCACAGACGGCGACGCGAUCCGCCUCGCCGCCGCAGCAGAGGGGCUGUUGAGCCCAGAGACAAAAGUCGGCAAGGCCGGCGGAAUGGCCAUGGCGAGCGCCAUUGUUCCCCCGGAGGCAUCGCAGGAGCUGAGUCUCUUCCACCUGCUGCUCCUGUCUGCGCGGCUAAACUGCCACCCCCGCAUCCUCGACACCCUCUACCUCACGCCGCCCAAGUGGCUGCUGCAGCGCAACGUCAGCAAAACACUGGCAUACCUUACGCAAGACGAUGAGCUGAUCCGCAGGGACGGCGGGAGCCAGGCGCUGGACAAGCAGGAGUUGCUGCGUGCGUGUGUCGAGCGCGGCAUCGCUGUGCUGGGCAAGGCCGAGGCGGAGCAGAGGAAGAGUCUGGCGCAGUGGUACAACAUGUGA